AUGGCUGCCGUUCAGGAAGAUCAGAACAUGGGCGCCCUCGGGCGGAAGCCCUUGGAAAGCCAGAAGUAUGUCGGCGGAGAUAUGUCCAUGAUGGCCUUUGUUCAACCAGCCGCGGCCCCCAACAGGUUCGCCUACCCAGAUGGCCAUCACGUUAAGGGGCUCAAUGCCGAGACCCUCGCCAAGAUCCAACUCCCGAGACCCCAGUGGCUGUCCGCGCCAGAGUACGCCCCAAUCCUAGGAGACGCUGAACCCCUCUCGCCGUCCAUCUUCUUCAGCCUCAACAUUUCCUUGUACAACCAGCAGAUAAACGCGUCCGAGUGGGCAAACCAGUGGUUCCUCAUGACCGGCCGUGUUCACCCCUACGCCUUGACAUGGGAACUCGAACAACGGGACGGCCUGGAGUCCGAUGGUGAGAACAUCAGCCAAUACACUGUCCCGACAUUUGUUGUCCGCGAUCACGGUUUCCAACCAGUGUCGCCUCGCCGUCUCGGCUCGUCCUCUGCGUACCCCACCAUCAUGCCCGUCGUCUCCUUCACCGGCCCGGUCGUCGGCUCCGGACUCGAACUCCUCCAAGCAGAUGCCGCCUCUGCGUUCGAUGAAUCGCAACUGAAAUGCUGCUUCCACCCUUUCCAAGUGUUUGUCAUCUUUCCCGUUCACGCUAAUCCCUGGACGUCGCUCUGCAAGAAGAUGGCUCAGAGACGUGAUUCCCAGUUUCAACCUGGCGCGCCCUUCACCUGCACAGGGAAGGUUGCCGGCCUCCUGGCCCAUAAACAUAUGCGGAACCCCCCCGCCUUGGAACAGGACUACAUCUUCAUUGUCGUUCCCGAUACCUGGACCUUUCUCGACAAGGCCAGCUUCAAUCAAUCGCCGGCGGCACUGUUCACGCCCGUGACGCCAAAGCGCUCUGUUUCGGGUGCUUCCGAGUAUGACGACGCCAUGGCGCGCUUCACCACGACCAAGAAGCGCAGUGGCCCGGCCGAAGGGGGCGCUCCUGUCACACCCAAGUCUCUACCCCCUGCCCCCGCGGGCAUUCCAACCAAGCGGCCACUUCCCGCCCUUCACGAUACCCCAACCAAGAAGCCGCGCCCUCCGCCAGCACCUUCCACCGUCUUUGUCGCCCGUGAUGGCGACGAACCCUGCUCUCAGGACAGUCUCGACGACGGCGAAGAUGAUGACGUCGGCGACGACGGCGAAGACGACGGAAACGACGCCUCCGCUGCGGAACCCCCUGACGCCAGCAGUGCCACUGACCAUGGCUCGCCUGACAUCUCAACAAUCGACAUGCCGAGACCACUUCGCAACCGCCAGCCCCCUAGAAAAUACCCGGAAGCAGUUUAG